CAAAGUUGUCAAGGGUGUUACAAACUUUUGAUCUGCGUAAAAUACAAUUUGUGAAAAAAAAGCUGUGAAUUUACAUUGUUUAUUUGACCGUAUUUUUGUUGUAAAUAUUAGUCGUUCUCGCUAUGGUUGGAUUUGAAACCUGUGGGCCUAAUGAAGCCAUUGUUGUUUCAGGUAUGUGCUUGAUUUUGCUUUUAAUUUUGACAUCUAAGCUACAAAAUUUGAAAGCUCAAAAUUUCAUAAUUUUGUGCACUGCUGUGUUGACUUCCAUACACUAAAUAUUUUACAUUUUUCAAUGUAUUUUGUCCUGUCUUGCAACAUUAAGCUGCAUUUACAGAUAGUUAGCUAUUAACAGUGUUUCUAACCCACGUUUAAAUGCCAGAUUUAUAGAAUUCAGGCUUUAAAUUUUGCUAAAUAUCACGCACACAGCUGUUCUUUCAAUAUAUUUGCUUUCAUAACCAUAGGACGUACAUAUAAUCCUGACAUUUGCUUUCUUUGGGUGUGAUAACAUAAUGUACUGUAUUUAAAACACUGUAUUGUCAAUAUUAAAUAUGAUAUUAUAGUAAAGUAUAUUACUUUUCUAAGUAUAAUACUAACUUGUUUAUACUCCUUCACAUACCGUAUUUUAAAUGGUUUCAUUAUUAAUUGUGAAGCAUUUAAAAUAUAAAUAUGAAUUAUACUACUCGCAUUUAAUAAGUCAAAUUUUCUGCUAGUGGGUCAUAAAUUCUUUGCAUUUCAUUUGUUUUGUGAGGUCUAUGGUUUUGUAAAUUUUAAAGCUGGGCUUAGUUUGAAUUUUGUAGAAAAUUUGCAAAGGAUAAACAGUAAACAAAAUUGAAGAAUGAAAAAAUUAUGAAGCAGAAUAUUUGACAUAAAAUCAUGCUUAUAAAGUCAGUCAAAAGUAUUGCUGUUGUGGUGCUAAAUUGGCCAGAAAUUAUAAUUGCCAUUCACUCAUUCAGUAAUUUUAGAAAAUACACAACAAUGGAUACUUUGAAGUUUUCAUUCAAGAAAUAUUUGGCUACAAAAUAAUUGAAAUAUUAAGUAAAGAUGUUAGUGUUUUCAGAUUGUCCAUUGUUCUAUAUUUGCUAAACAAUUGAAAAUUUCUGCAUGUUUAGAGAAAUAUAUGAUUUGAAGGGUUAUAGCUAUUGUUAAUAUGGCAAUCUUGUUAUUGUAUAUAGUCGCAUAAUCUUAUUAAAGCCGAACACAAGUGGUGCAAUUUCCUAGUACAAUAUAAAGGAACUUUGUUAGUAAUAUAAGGUCAUCCUGUCAAUUAGGCUGAAGCACUUGUAACUAUAUUAAGUACAUUCCAUUGUUGUUUGUUUGUCUUUCUGUGCAAAGAUCAUAGUUGGCAAGGUCGACUGGUUAUCAUGUGUGAGACAACACAUUGGGUCAUUCCAGAAAACAUCCAUACCACCCCCACGUAGGAAAUAGGAAAAUAACCCCCCUUUGGAUGUCCUAAUACAUUUACUAUUAUCAGAAACAAUUUUUUCUCCACCUUCGGACGGCAGAAAUUUCCUCCGUGGGGGGAGUAUGGAUUUUUUCUGGAAGGACCCAUUUCUAGGCAAGGUCUGGGCCGGGAACCAUGCCGCCCCCCCCCCCCCGAAAAUUCUUAAAAUUAGGGUCUCUGAAAUGGCAUUUCCAGCAUUUUGAGAGCACUUUUAUGAAAAAAUUUUUACACUUACUGUUUGGGCUAAAAAGGAUAAUUUUUGAAUAAUUUUGCAGGAAUGUGUACUGGGCGUGGUCCAAAAUAUGUCAGUGGUGGAAGAUUAUUUGUGCUCCCAUUUGUUCAGAAAGCACAGAGGUAAAAGCCAUAAAUACAGUAAUACAAGAAAAUUAUUUGGAUUCUGUAAUUUCCAGAACUGUGUUUGGUAUUUGUGAACUUGGAAAACAGGAUGAUGAUGAUGUUUGAAUGAUUUGUCAUUUUGUAGAUUGAACCUGAAUACAAUGACAUUGAGUGUAGAUUCACCCAGAGUGUACACAGUGGAAGGUGUGCCUAUCUCAGUGACUGGUAUUGCACAGGUAAGAUUACCACUGCCACAAGGUUAUGUCUUCAUCAUUGGAUGGAUUUUCUGGGGUGUGCAGUGGGGUGCGCACCCCCCCAAAAAAAAAUUUUGCACUCCCCAAAAAGUUUUCCCAACCAACCUAGAGAAAUUUGCACACACCCCCUAAAUACUCAUUGGGUAAAUGACAGUAGUGUGAUUGAAAUAAAGAUUUUGAACUAAGUAAGGCGAGACUUUUUUAUUUAUUGGUUUACGGAUUUUACAUGAAAAAAACCCAGGUCGAUAGGUCGGAAAAAUUUUUUUAAAAAACAUUGUUUUUCAAGAUUGUCACAACAAUAACAUGAGCCAGUAGUACUUGGAGUCAAAGUUUACCUGGCGUGUACUUCAUGUCAGAACCCCAAAUUAACUAAAAUCGUAAAAUUGUUGACAUCCAAAUUUUUUUUUAUAUUUCACGUUCUGAACAUUUACGAUUAGCAGAUCCGUAAACCAAUGAAAGUGGGGUGGCCAGGAUAGCACGGGAGCUAUUCCACGCAGGCAGGCUGGAUUUUAUCCUGUAAUUUUUUAUUAUCCACCGAAAAAGUACUUUGUUCCUGUACUUCAACGGCAACCAGUCAAUAAUCACCUAUGUAACUAUACUAAUACUCAUUAAUAUGUUACUAUUUUAAUACUCUAUAUCUUUUAAGACUUAUAUAUUUUGUAAAUAGCUCUAAAUAUCACUUUCUUGUACAUGUAAAAAAAAUUUCUGUUUGUUUUUUUGGAACAUGCCCCUCAUGGAAAUCAGCUUUUGUUGACGGGGUCAGCGUAUAUAAAUAAAAUUUAUAACAAUGAAUCUACUAUCCUUAACCGAUCAUUUCCCAGGUGAAGAUACGAGGAGAGAAUGUGGACAUGUUGAAGGCCGCAGCAGAACAGUUUUUGGACAAGAGCAUCUCUGAAAUACAACAAAUUGCCUUGGAAACACUCGUGAGUUUUGUUUGUUUUUGGUGAAG